CCGCACCAAGGCACGUCACACAGACAGCAGAGCUGGUCGCGGAAGCUAGUUCACCAAGUCAAGCCGAGCAGCACACUCAGCAACAGCUGUUAUACACAUUCACUCCCCGUAGUCCCCAGCAGCGCCUUUUUUGAUCACGCUCAUCUUCAUCUAACUUAUUCCUCUUCUAUCGCAAAGACACCAUCACUACUGUCUCUCAAAUUAGUUUUGGGGACGAUUUCGGAGCGACAGACAAAACAUUGAAUAGCAUAACAACCUGUUUAUUGGAUUUCGGUUCGGAUUACUCUUCCAACGCAGAGUCACCAGUUCCGGCCGAAGUGUAAGCGUCUCAACUGUCGACCUCAACACUUGAUCUUCUUGUCAAAAGGAGUUUUCAAGGAACUGUGAAAGUUUUUCGAACGUUUUUUUUUUUUGCAACUUCGUUCGUCGUCCAAUACCAAGCGAGAACUUUUUGGUAUCGACAUUUCCUUAAGGACGAACAACCGGAGAAGAGUAACAGAGUAGCAGCAUCCAAGGAAACACACACAUCAGAGAAGAAAAAUGCAUCAGAAACUGGCACAUUCGGUUCUCAUAGCGGUGGUCGUUCUCGCCCUACUGGCCGUCUCCAUUCAGGCAUACCCGUCUUGGAGGGGUAGCCGGCAGAAGAGAGUGUCCGAUCAACGACUGGCAGAGUUACAGACUUUAUUGGCCAUUGCCCGUCUCAAAGGCAAAAUGACGUCGUCAUCGGGCAAAUACUACGGCUACGUCGAUCCAUCCAAAAUUGGCCGCAAGAAGCGGAGUCAAGCGAUUCCGGCCGACGAAUCACAGUUGGACAACCAUGCGGAAUACGAGAGCCGGGCGGAUGACGACAGAGACUCGGCAGAAAGUCAAGAGGAGGUCUACGACGACAUUUGGCGUUACCUGCGCAGCAACAACAAAAUCCGUUGAUCAGGAUUUUCGGUUCGCCUACUCGCCCCCCGCCACCCCCUCAAUCUUCUCUGCGUUCCGUCUCAAAAACCAUCAUUUGAAUUUUGACCCUCGAAUUUCUAAGGCAUUACUUUUACUCAUUUCAAAAAAGAAACAACUGGAAUUCCCUCUCAACCGUUCCUAUUUUGUUGCUGCUCCUUUGACGUCAAAGUCAUUCCCCUCGAUGUAACGACGUGAUUCGAUCAUCGCGCCAUCAGAUCUGAGAUAUUUAGUCGUUGAUGGCCUGUUUUUUUCCAUCCAUCUUCCCUGUCUAUCCUCCACUUUGUCUGUCUCUCUCUCUCACUAAAACAAACAUCUCUAGUCACCAAGCCGGAUUUCAACUUCUGUAAGAUGUACUCCUAUGUUCUCCAGCAGCGACCACCUGAGCGGAGUCAAUAUCGUGCGCCCCGAAACCUUGUCCCGAGUGUUUCUGCACGGUUCUUUAUAACGUUUGAAAUAACUUGUAGAGAAAUGCGUAGGAUAUAUCAACAGCAGCCUAUAGCGUAUAGCCGCCGCUUGAUAUGGCAGCUGAAAAACAAAAAAACAGCUUCUCUUUUCUUCUUUUUUACUUUUUGUCCAAAUGCAAAAACUUAAAAAACAAAAAAAGAAACAAAUCUCUAUGACACAACUAUUCCGUGCAAGGUGGUCCUCAUUUUUUACAUUGCGUUUUUUAAUGUACCGCUACUUUGAAAAUUUUUCGUUCUCAUUUCUUUAAAGCAAUCAAUUGCCCGUCUAUAUUUAUUUCCAAUUAUAUAUAUACUUUAUGACCGAUAUUUGCAUAGAUUAUAUAUAUUAUUAUUGUUGAGAAAAAAAAAAACUAAAAUUGAACCAACAGAAGAAUCGCCAGAAGAAAAGCCAGCCAAAACAAGAACCUAUACUGUAUUAUCAGUAAUGACUAUUAUUAUUAUUAUCCUUAUGUUGUAUGAUGUACGUAAUAUGCUGUCCGUGUAUAUUAUAUCUUAAUUAUGCACACCGAAAUCUUCCUUUUGUUGUUGUUUGAUCUUCCUUCACUUUUUAAACGCCUUUUGUUAAAUUACGAUUUGUCAAUGCACCACCUCUUACAGCAACAACAGCCCCUCCCAUCCACGCUCCCUCUCUUUCUCCUCUUAAUAACUGAUAAAAAGAACAUGUUGAAAUACCGGAGACACGGGAAUUUGGUUUAAAUCCCCUGAGAAGAGACUCCCCCCCCCCUCUCUUCCCCUCCCAAUAAGAAAUGAAGAUGAAUCAUUGACAAGUGAAGAAGAUGAAGAAUAGGAGGAUGAUCAUCGUCAGCAAUCGAUGUGACAGCGAACUUGAUGAAAGCGAGCCACAAAGCCCAUCACAAUGAAAUCGACCGAUUUAUAAUCGAUGUGUAAUCUGCUACGCCUCUCCACCAAAAUAAAAAUGAGAGACGUAACAAAACAAAA